GAGAGCCACUGCGCGGGGCCACCAGCGCUGCCCGCCGGGAGCUGUCGGGAGGGGCCACCGCCCAGGGGUUCUGCCCGGAGCCCGUGCCGCUCGGACCCCAGGCGAGUCCGCUGACAGUUACUUCCUGCCUCACAAGAUGGAAGAAAGUGAUAGUCUGUUCCCUGAGGAGGAGCUUUCGGGCAACGUCCUGCUUGGGGAUGAUGAAAAAGGUGGACUAAAGGACCCAGAGUUUGAGGUUGAAGCUCUUCCUCUGGAAGCAGAGAGCGCUGCUGACCCUCGGGGCUGCUGUCCAGAGAAAGAGCCGACCGCUGCCGCUGCUGAGAAGAGGAAGAAGACAGCCGUGCACUGCAGGGGUCAGGCUUCACACCUCCCGAAGGAGGUGAUCUGCCUGGAUAAGCUGCGUGAAGAGAAAGUUCUCUUCAUUCAGAAAACCAGAGCAGAGCUACGAGCUUGCCGUGAGCGGAUGGGCCUCAUCACCAAGCAGCAGGAGAGCGUGGCGGCCGAGGUGGCAGCGGAGAGAGAGGCCAACCACACUGCUGCCGUGGGCCGCCUCCAGGCGGUGUCCAGACGCCUGUGCAUGGAGCUGGAGAACGAAAGAGACCUGCAGUCGAAAAUCUUGGCCACACUGAAGGAGAGCGAGAACAUCAUGUGGCACAUUGAGAUCCAGGACGCGCAGCUGAAGGGUGUCCGGGAGUCUGCCCAAGCGCAGGCAGAGGCCGCCAAGAGGUGCCUCCAGAUGCGGGCAGCUGAGCAGCUUGGCAAGGAGAAGGAGACAUGGGGGAAGGCAGAGAGGAACCGGGUGCUGAGGGUCAGGAGGUCUGCAUGCCUGCAGAAGGAGCAGAGGCUCCAGCACCAGAAGCUGGUGGAAGAUGCCAGGAAGAGCCACAGGAUGGCCGUGAAGUUCCUGAAGGCCUCGCUGGGCAGGGCUCAGGAGCGGGUCAGGCAGCAGGAGAUGGAGUCCCGCGAGCACCUGAGAAGACGCAUGGAUGCCGUGCUGGCCCUGAAGAAAAACAUCACCGCCAACCGGGAAACGCUCCGGAAAUUUCAAGCGUGGGGCCAGGUCAAGGCAGAGCGGGCUGAGCAGAAAGCCCAGGCCGAGAAGGAGGCAAUUCUGGCCCAUGGUGGAGACGCUUUCAAGCACCUUUUGCAUCAACGCCGGCGCCAGGAGCUGGAGGCCCAGAAACGCACCUUCGAGGACAAGCAGAAGCUCAGAAAGCAUGAGAUAGUGAGUCGGAUUUUGAAAGAGGAGGCUGAGGAGGAGAGCCGGAAGAGGAAGCCGCUUUCUCCAGCCAAACCUGCGGACCGGCUGACCCUGAGGGACAAGACCUGGGGCUACAUCGCCCAGGUCUGCCAAGAGAAGACCGCCACAGCCGCUCCCUGCUCCCCAGUGGAGAAGGACAAUUUUACAUACCCAGAAAACUCUCAGCUACUGAAAUAUAUCUCCUAUGAGUCUGUUCUGGGGGACCCUGGGAGCGCCAACCAGGAGGAUGAAACACUGGCUGAGCCGGAAAUCUCUGGCCUUUGGAACGAAAGCUAUAAGUCGUGCCAGGUGCCUGGAGAGGACGUGGACCGGAAGCCUGUGGGCGGGACAAAGAUGGAGAAGGAUAUCCUGGCCCGCACGGUGGAGCGGCUGCGAGACGGUGUGAUCCACAAGCAGGUGGUGUCAGGGCGCGAAUUCAAAGGUUGCCCCUUCAACAGCAAGCCCAAGCUCAUCCACUUCAAGGACUUUGACGUUGGCAAGGUGUACAAGGAGAAGGUCACGUUGGUCAACGCCACCUACACGAUUAACUACUGCAAGCUGGUGGGCGUGGAGCAGCACCUCCAGGACUUCGUCCACAUCGAUUUCGACCCCCCUGGUCCCAUGUCAGCCGGGAUGUCCUGCGAAGUGUUCGUCACCUUCAAGCCCAUGAUAAACAAAGAUCUGGAAGGAAGUGUCUUGUUUCUGGCUCAGACUGGCAGAUUUUCUGUCCCACUGAAGUGUUCAACAAAGAAAUGUUCUCUGUCCCUUGACAAGGAGCUCAUCGACUUUGGCAGCUACGUGGUGGGGGAGACGGCGUCCCGCGUCAUCACACUGACCAACGUCGGGGGCUUGGGCACCACAUUCAAGUUUCUGCCGGCAUCAGAGGCCUGUGACAUGGACACCUCCCCGUCGGUCAGGAUAAUCAGCAACACCCUCACAUACGACGAUAGAGGUUUUUACGAAAAACUCAUCUCCAGUUUCUCUGAGCAGCAGCUGGACGGCAACGGGUCCUCCGCGGUGGACAUGCCCAGCCAGAGGUUGCAGGACGAGGGGCACCCCACAGAAUCAGCCACCACCAUAACCAUGCCCCCCAAAGAGGAAUUAACGGAGAUCUCCCUGGGAAAGAUAACAGAGGGUGAGAUUAGACCCUUCAGCACCAUCAAGGUGCCCAUCAUCUUCUCGCCGGUCAUCCCAGGAGCCAUCCAGAGCAGCUUCAAGGUCAUGUUUAAGAACCAGCAGUGCCCUACGUUGUAUUUCCGAGCCGUCGGUGUUGCUGUUGACGUGCCGGUCUGGGUGCCGAGGCCCAGCGUGGACCUGAAGAUAUGCAUGUACGACCGACUGUACCAGGACUCCAUUGUCAUCCACUCACGGUCGAAAGCAGCCCUGCGCCUGAAGCUGGAGGUGUGCAAGGAGCUCAGGGCCCACAUGGAGCUGCUGCCUGAGAUGGGCUACAUCCAGGCCCUGUCGUCCUACUCCGCGCAGCUCAAGUUCCUGCCUCGACACUCCCUCCCGGAAGAUGCAAGGAAGUAUUUUGACAAGGAAAGCAGAGUCCUGGAGGCCCCGAUGACAAUCUGGGUGGCUGAUCAGAUCAGACCGGUGGGGUUCACCGUCCACGCCAUCAUCACCACCUCGGACCUGGAGCUCAGCCCCUCGGAGGUGGACUUUGGCUACUGCACCACCUACGAGGCCAUUAGGACCCGAAUCAGCCUCUGCAACCGCUCCCUCCUGCCCCAGGAGUUCGGGUUCGUCGGGCUCCCAAAGUUUGUGGACAUCCAGCCCAACGAUGGGUUUGGGACGAUCCUGCCACUAGACACUCUGGAACUCGACGUGCUCUUUCAGCCCACCCAGGCCAAGGUGUACAGCUUCACGCUCACUUGCAAGUCAGAGAUCAACCGGUGCUUCAAGCUGACGUGCCGGGCUGUGGGUGUCCACCCACCCCUGGAGCUGUCCCACUACCAGAUCAAGUUUGCAGCCACUUCCUUGUACGACACAUCCUCGGCCACCCUGUACGUCAUCAACUCUCACCUGAGCAUGAACUCACUGACGCACUCUGUGCCCCGCAUCGGCUCCGAGGACACCUGCCCCGUGGGGCCCACGUCUUUCCAGUUCCUGCUGCCCCCAGACUCACCCAUCACCAUCUCGCCCUCGGUGGGGACUGUGUUGCCGGGAAAGAGGUGCCUGGUCCAGGUGGCCUUCCAGCCUGUACUGCCCUGCGAGCUGAUCCGCCGGCAAGCCUUCCAGGCCCUGAUUAAAGACACGGAGAUCAAAUCGUUACGCAAGGACAUGGCCACCCAAAGGAAGGACCCGAAGGGCCAGUCCCUCUCCAUCCUGCGGCUGCAGAACCGAGACCAACUCUUCCAGGCUCCCACCUGCCACAGCCUGGAGCUGCAGAGUCAGGACCUCAAGUCCAGUUCCGAGGAGUACCAGGUUGCCCAGGCCACUCUGGCCAGAUCUUACCAGGGGAAAUUUGACAAGUUUGUGGUCCCAUGUGUGGUUGCCAGUGGCGACAUCCAAGACCAGAAGGGGAUGGAACCCCUGAGCUUCAGUCCCCACAACACCCUGUACCUGGAGCUGUGGUGCCCGGCUGUGGCACCGUCCAUCAUCGUGACAUCUGACAAAGGCAAGACCAUCUCCAGCUUCGGUGACGUCGCUGUAGGACACCGUGGCAUAAAGAAGGUCUCCAUCCAGAACAUUUCCCACGAGGAUCUGGCUGUGGAAUUCUCCCUGCUGAACCCCAACGGCCCCUUUGUCUUGCUGAACCCGAUCAGCAAGCUGCCUGCGGGAGAGACCCACGUCCUGGCACUGUCCUUCUGCCCCCGUGAGAGUGUCAUGGCCCAAGAAGCACUGGACAUCAUGACCGAGAGAGGCACACUCUCCCUGACCCUCGUUGGCAUUGGGGUGGCAUCCAUGAUCACGUGCUCCAUCGAAGGGCACCUCCUCAACAUGGGUUAUGUGAUUGCCGGAGAGUCUGUCUCCUCCAGCUUCAAGCUGCAAAACAACUCCUCGCUGCCCAUCAAGUUCUCCAUACAGCUGGACAGCGUCUCCAGCAGCAGGAGGGAGAACCAGCAGCAGCUGCCGCAGUUCCUCGCCUCGCCCGCCCAGAGGACAGAAGUUGUGGGCACGCAGAACCACAGCGGCCAGAGCGUGUUCAGCGUGGUCCCCGUGAAGGGCAUCAUGGGCCCCGGUGGGGCACAGGACUUCACCGUGACCUUCAGCCCAGACCACGAGAGUCUGUACUUCUCCGACCGGCUGCAGGUCGUGCUCUUCGAGAAGAAAGUCUCCCAGCAGAUCCUGCUGAAGGGCGCGGCCUGCGAGCACAUGAUGUUUGUGGAGGGCGGAGACCCCUUGGACGUGCCCGUGGAGUCCCUGACCGUGAUCCCUGCCUGCGACCACGAGCGCAGAGAGGGAACCGAGGAGCUGAAGCCCAUUCUGGUGACCCUGGACUACAUUCAGCUGGACACUGACACACCGGCCCCACCUGCCACCCGCGAGCUGCACGUGGGCUGCAUCCGGACCACGCAGCUGUCCCCAAAGAAGACAGUCGAGUUCAGCCUGGACAGCGUGGCGUCCUUGCAGCACCAUGGCUUCACGGUCGAGCCCUCCAGGGGCUUCGUGGAGCGCGGCCAGACCAAGACCAUCAGCAUCUCUUGGAUGCCGCCCGCUGACUUUGAUCCGGACCACCCACUCAUGGUGUCAGCUCUGCUGCAGCUCAAGGGAGACGUGAAGGAGACUUACAAGGUCUUCUUUAUAGCCCAGGUGGUGACCAGCCCCUGAAGCCACAGGAGUCUCUCUACAGAGUCCCUGCAGACCCUCCUGCCCACCCUCGAAGCCCUUCCUGUCUGGGCCAGGCUGAACCACCCAGCGGCUGGGACCUGGGCAUCCCCUGCUGGGCAGGUUCAAAUGGGCAGCCAUCUGCAUGGCCACAUUGCCAGGAUACCCCAGCCUUACAGCCACGGACGCUUCUUGCUCCCCCUCCCUCCCAGGCCCCCACACUCAGAGCCAGCAAUUAGGUCAGUCCUGCCCACAACCUGCUCCUAACCUGAGCCCCUCGGAGCCCCCAGUCCCACCAGCACCUGCCCAGCCUUCAAAAGCCCCCACAGGUCUGUCAAUAAACUCUCUGUGUGCCUCUAUGUGCAGGUAUGCACUAUGGGUGACAGCCGGUCAGUCACUGGGGUAGGCACAGAAUGAGAG